UCAUACAAAGCAGUCGAUGAUUUGGGAUCAAAAUUUUUGCUCGGAGAAUAUGAAUAUGAUGUUAAUGGACGAGCCCUGCAAACAUUUCGAGUACAGAAUGAACUCAGUGAGCCAACAUCAAUAAUCGAAUUGGUGGUAUUGUCCAAUUGGGAUUCGGACUACACAUGCCUGUAUCGUUUCCGUGUACACGGACAAAAGGCAAAUUAA